GCCCACCCGCCCGCCGGCAGCAGCAGGCCGCCCCUGCCCCCUGCCUCCGCUCGCAUUGUACGGUGGUCGAGAGGAAGGAAACCGAGGAGCCAAAAUGGGAGUAGAGAUUGAGACCAUAACUCCUGGAGACGGGCGGACAUUUCCCAAGAAGGGGCAGCGCGUCGUGGUGCACUAUGUCGGCACGCUGGCAGAUGGGAAAGUGUUCGACUCUUCGCGGUCCCGGGGGAAGCCGUUCAAAUUCAAGAUUGGUAACCAGGAGGUUAUCCGUGGUUGGGAAGAAGGAGUAGCUCAGAUGAGUGUAGGCCAGAGGGCAAAGCUGAUUUGCUCGCCAGACUUUGCUUACGGCAGCAAAGGACACCCGGGGAUCAUCCCACCGAGCUCCACUCUCACCUUCGACGUGGAGCUGCUUAGUUUGGAGGCCUGAAACUUGUGCACUCACUUUGUUAAAUUCCACUCAAAUUUUCAGGGUGAGUGGUUUUUAAUUAUUUGUAUAAUCAUUUUUAUUCCCUGCAUCAUACACAGUAUAGACGGGGUAAUCUAUUUUAAAGUCCAGCAUCUUAAAAAUGUGCAAAUGAUGAACGACACUUGUUCUUCAUUUAUUACCCAGCCCAUAAUAAAACCCUGAGUUUUUUUAUUUUGCGUUAAGAUUAAGUGGUAUGAGCAUAACAGGCUUUAGUCUCCACGUGGUGUAAUCCCCUCUCCGCCUUAAUCACGGCUGUAAGACCCCGUCUCCUCUUCACUGCAGGUUGACUCCUAUCUCGGGAACAUGGAGGAAAAACUGUAACAGCUGAUUCCUGCUUUUGAUUCCUGCAUAGGACCUAUUCACUAGUUCACUCUCCUUUCCAUUUAGAUUCAUAUAAUGUUGUGUCACUUGCUUUAAAACUUUAUCCUUCAUACUAUACUUUAGAUUACAUACAGUAAUAAGUCAUAGGCCAUCCCAUUCAAUGUAUUUUGUCAAAUUAUGUUAUGUAUUUUUAUGGUAAUGUUUUUUUUCUUUGACUUAAAAAAUUUACAAAUUGUCGCCAUCAGGACCAGGUGUUAGAUUAAGUGUCAGAACUAUCGAAUCAGUCUCAUUCCUGUGGCUCUGUGGCCUUCUACACUAAAAUGGUAUUGAUUGCGGGUAAUGGAUUGUCUUGAAUCGAAAUAAGAUUGAAUUGUUUGACACAAAAAGGAUAUUUCCAUCAGUGACCUUUGUGACGAAAUUAGAAGAGAUAACAGAAAGACAUUGUUAACCAGGGUUUUGUGAAUCAAGCACAUUAUUGCCAUUAACAUCCCACGUGUCUCUGCAGAUGUAGGGUUUUUAUUUGUCUAUACUGAAGCAUCAAUUGUUAAUUUAUAAGAGUAAAAUGACUUUAACUGCUCGAACGUUCACAGCUGGACAUUAUUUGUCUUGUUGGUCAUGUGUAAAAAGCCAAAAGAAGGUCUUACGGGAAAAUACUUGGUCUCUGGUUAAAGGUUUCUAAAUUUGCAUGGCAAGUUCCCCCCACAGAUUUGUCGGCACAUCUUGGGGUUUGUGGUUCUCUCUUUAUUUGAAGGAGUUGUGUGUAACAAGCUGUGGAUGUUGUAAAAGGUCUGUUCCUUCCUCAAAACACAUUAAAAGAGUACUUUUAACACAAA